GCUUUGCUGACGCCAUCCGGGCCAGAAAAGCGCUGCUGGCGGAGGAGGGGGACUGCGCGGCCAAGAGGGACCGGAGGACCCACGCGCCUGGAGCACGCGGAACCGCCCAGCAUGGCAUCAGAGAGCGGGAAGCUCUGGGGUGGCCGGUUCGUGGGUGCAGUGGACCCCAUCAUGGAGAAGUUCAACUCGUCCAUCGCCUAUGACCGGCAUCUGUGGGAGGUGGAUGUACAGGGCAGCAAGGCCUACAGCCGAGGCCUGGAGAAGGCAGGGCUGCUCACCAAGGCCGAGAUGGACCAGAUACUGCAUGGCCUGGACAAGGUGGCUGAAGAGUGGGCCCAGGGCACCUUCAAGCUAAACCCGAAUGACGAAGACAUCCACACAGCCAAUGAGCGCCGCCUGAAGGAGCUCAUCGGUGAGACUGCAGGGAAGCUGCACACGGGACGGAGCCGGAAUGACCAGGUGGUCACAGACCUCAGGCUGUGGAUGCGACAGACCUGCUCGAAGCUCUGUGCCCUCCUCUGGGAGCUCAUCAGAACCAUGGUGGAUCGUGCAGAGGCUGAGCGGGACGUCCUCUUCCCAGGGUACACGCACCUGCAGAGGGCUCAGCCCAUCCGCUGGAGCCACUGGAUCCUGAGCCACGCCGUGGCGCUGACCCGAGACUCCGAGAGGCUGCUGCAGGUGAAGAAGCGGGUCAAUGUCCUGCCCCUAGGGAGUGGGGCCAUUGCAGGCAAUCCUCUGGGUUUGGACCGGGAGCUGCUCCGAGCAGAACUGAACUUUGGAGCCAUCACUCUCAAUAGCAUGGAUGCCACCAGUGAGCGAGACUUUGUGGCUGAGUUCCUGUUCUGGGCUUCGCUGUGCACGACCCACCUCAGCAGGAUGGCCGAGGACCUCAUCCUCUACGGCACCAAGGAGUUCGGCUUUGUGCAGCUCUCAGAUGCCUACAGCACUGGAAGCAGCCUGAUGCCCCAGAAGAAAAACCCAGACAGCCUGGAGCUGAUCCGGAGCAAGGCGGGGCGUGUUUUUGGGCGGUGUGCUGGGCUCCUGAUGACCCUCAAGGGACUUCCAAGCACCUACAACAAGGACUUACAGGAGGACAAGGAAGCUGUGUUUGAAGUGUCAGACACCAUGAGCGCCGUCCUCCAGGUGGCCACUGGCGUCAUCUCUACACUGCAGAUUCACCGUGAGAACAUGGCUCAGGCUCUGAGUCCGGACAUGCUGGCCACUGACCUGGCCUACUACCUGGUCCGCAAAGGGAUGCCAUUUCGCCAGGCACACGAGGCCUCCGGAAAAGCCGUGUUCAUGGCUGAGACAAAAGGGGUCGCCCUCAACCAGCUGUCCCUGCAGGAGCUGCAGACCAUUAGCCCCCUUUUCUCAGGCGACGUGAGCCACGUAUGGGACUAUGGACAUAGUGUGGAGCAGUACACAGCCCUGGGUGGCACCGCACGUGCCAGCGUCGACUGGCAGAUUGGCCAGGUGCGGGCGCUGUUGCAGGCACAGCAGGCCUAGACUCCCCACAACGUGCUUCCAAAUAAAACGGGCCCCAGAGGGGUGCAGCAUGUU